CAGGCGCCCGCCACCACGCCCGGCUAAUUUUUUGUAUUUUUAGUAGAGACGAGGUUUCACCGUGGUCUCGAUCUCCUGACCUCGUGAUCCGCCCGCCUCGGCUUCCCAAAGUGCUGGGAUUACAAGCGUGAGCUACCGCGCCCGGCCCCUAAAUUAUUUUAUUUAACUUUUAAGUUCAGGGUUAUAUGUGCAGGUUUGUUAUAUAGGUAAACCUGUGUCUUGGGGGAUUAUUGUACAGUUUAUUUCGUUUUGAAAGAGAAUUUGCAAGUAUGUCACAAAAGCCUCAUAAACACGUUGUGAGAUUUUAAGAGGCAAUGACCGAGGCUUGGAGAUGUCUCGUCCUGUCCAGUGUCACCCCUAGACCUGAGAAUCUGCACUUGGGAGCUUACAGACCCGGUUCUCAGGCUUCACUUGAGACCCCAAGAAAGAAAAAAACCCACCAGCCAAAGAGGGGGAUGGCAGCCUGGAAGAACCUAAGGAAGCGAGGGGCAGAGUGGGGACACCGGACAGAGUGCACACUGGAGGUCCCGGAGCACAAGGAGCACGGAGGACCGGGAGGCUCCCGGGCUUGCGUGGGCAUCACGUGCCCUCCCCCCACGUCCGUGGAACACGCAGACAUCCGGGUCAAGAGCUAUAGCUUGUACUCCAGGGAGCGGUACGUUUGUAACUCUGGUUUCAAGCGUAAAGCCGGCACGUCGAGCCUGACAGAGUGCGUGUUGAACAAGGCCACCAACGUCGCCCACUGGACAACCCCCAGUCUCAAAUGCAUUAAGCCCGCGGCUUCAUCUCCUAGCCCAAACACCACAGCGGCCACAACAGCAGCUAUUGCCCCAGGCUCCCGGCCGAUGCCUUCAAAAUCACCUUCCACAGGAACCACAGAGAUAGGCAGUCAUGAGUCCUCCCACGGCACCCCCUCUCAGACAACAGCCAAGACCUGGGAACUCACAGCAUCCGCCUCCCACCAGCCGCCAGGUGUGUAUCCACAGGGCCACAGCGACACCACUGUGGCUAUCUCCACGUCCACUGUCCUGCUGUGUGGGCUGAGCGCUAUGUCUUUCCUGGCAUGCUACAUCAAGUCAAGGGCCUCUGUCUGCUCCUGCCAUCCCCGCAGUGCUGGACAUACAUGCUCAGUGGGAAGCGUCUGUUGAUUUAAGGGCAACCCCCUCCUCUUUUCAAAACCUAUGAACCACCUGCUUUGCAGGCAAACUCCCCUGCCAGCCAGCGUUGAAAUGGAAGCCAUGGAGGCUCUGCCAGUGACUGGGGGGACCAGCAGCAGAGAUGAAGACUUGGAAAACUGCUCUCACGACCUAUGAGACUCGGGGAAACCAGCCCAGCUACGUCCGGAGUGAAGGAGCCUCUCUGCUUUAGCUAAAGAUGACUGAGAAGAGGUGCAAGGAGGUGGGCUCCAGGAGCAAGCCCACCAGGCCUCUCAGACGUCCCAGCAGGAUCUCACAGACUGCCAGGUCAGCGCCUCCUGCACGAGGGAGCAGGUUCUCCCCAUUCCCAUGGGCAACACCUGCCUGCCUAUCGUGCCUUGGAUCCAGGGCCCAGCUUCCCAGGAGAGAUCAAAGGCUUCUGAGCAGGGUUUUUAUUUCAUUACAGUGUGAGCUGCCUGGAAUACAUGUGGUAAUGAAAUAAAAACCCUGCCCUGAAUCUUCCAUCCCUCAUCCUGACUUGCAGUUCACAGAGAAAAGUGACAUACCCGAAGCUCUCUGUCAAUUACAAGGCUUCUCCUGGCGUGGGAGAUGUCUACAGGGAAGACACCAGCGUUUGGGCUUCUAACCACCCUGUCUCCAGCUGCUCUGCACACAUGGACAGGGACCUGGGAAAGGUGGGAGAGAUGCUGAGCCCAGUGAAUCCUCUCCAUCGAAGGACUGAGGAAGAAGAAAACUCACCUCAGCGCCAUUUUACAUAUAUAUGCAUUUAUAUGUAUACUUCCUUCUCUAUUAUAUCUAUACAUUAUAUAUGAUUUGUAUUUUGACGUUGUACCUUGUAUAAACAAAAUAAAACAUCUAUUUUCAAUAUAUUUAAAAUGCACCAAAAGAAUCACCAAGGAGAAAUGUUCCACACAAAGGAGGAGAAAGAGUAGGAAGGCAGAGUCCAAGGUGACUGAGUUCAGGUGUUGUUUCCAGAAGGAGAAAAAGCCUUGCCUAAAGCUAGCUCCAGUCACAGUUUUGGGGAAUUUCCCACAAUUCCAUGUGAGGAGAAGCAGCAUUAUGUAAUCCACACAGUGGUAAGUCCAGGCUCAGCUCCACAACGCUAUACACAUCGUCUCUUCCCUUCUUCUUCUCUUACUUUAUUUGAUGUUUUUGACAUUUAUUUCUAAAAUCAUGGGCCUCACCCCACCUCCUCAUUUUAUAGAUGAGAAAAUUGAGGACUGGAGAAGUUGUUCUGCCCACAGCCACGAAGCUCGGUUAAUGCUGGAGCUGGAUCAGAGCAGGAGCUGGGACGCUGGGCGCAGUGACUCACACCUGUGAUCCCGGCACUUCAGGAGGCCGAGGCAGGAGGAUUGAUCGAGCCCAGAAGUUCAAGAACAGCCUGGGCAAUACAGUGAGACCCCAUCUCUAUAAAAAUUUUUUUUUUUCUUGAAGCAGUCUUGCUCUGUCGCCCAGGCUGGAGUGUGAUGGCGGGAUCUCAGCUCACUGCAGCCUCCGCCUCCCAGGUUCAAGCAAUUCUCCUACCUCAGCCUCCCAAGUAGCUGGAACUGCAGGCAUGUGCCACCACACCCUGCUAAUAGUUAUAUUUUCUUAGUAGAGAUAAGGUUUUGCUAUGUUGGCCAGACUGGUCUCAAACUCCUAAUCUCAAGUGAUUCACUCACUUUGGCCUCCUAAAGUACUGGGAUUACAGGCGUGAGCCAUGGCACCCAACCAAAAUUUUUUUAAAAAACAAAAGUAAUAAGGAGUGUAGGUGGGGCGGGAGGGGAGCAGUCCUGGCUGAAAACCAGCCACCAACUGCCCCUUGUACAGCCAGGGGGAAGAGGGAGCCACUGUGGGCACUUGGGAGAUGGUGCAUGGGCAUAGUGCCCAAUCCACACGCCAUCAGACAUUCUCAAAGUGCCAUUUUUCACUGACUUCUUUUUUUGUGGGGGAGGGGACACAGUCUCAUGGUGUCACCCAGGCUGGAGUGCAGUGGUGCAAUCUUGGCUCACUGCAACCUCCGCCUCAAGCAAUUCUCAUGCCUCAGCCUCUGGGGUAGCUGGGACUACAGGCGCACACCACAGCGCCUGGCUAAUUUUUGUAUUUUUUUUUUUUUUUUUUCUUUUUGGAGAUGGAGUCUUGCUCUGUCGCCCAGGCUGGAGUGCAGUGGCACAAUCUCGGCUCACUGCAAGCUCUGCCUCCCGGGUCCAUGCCAUUCUCCUGCCUCAGCCUCCCAAGUAGUUGGGACUACAGGCACCCACCACCAUGCCCAGCUAAUUUUUUAUAUUUUUAGUAGAGCCGGGGUUUCGCCAUGAUGGCCAGGAUGGUCUCUCGAACUUGUGAGCCCAAGCAAUCUGCCUGCCUCGGCCUCCCAAAGUGCUGGGAUUACAGGCAUGAGCCACCACACCUGACCAUUUUUUUCACUGACUUCUGCCUGCCCUCAGCUUAGAUGCCUUCAUCAAAAUCAGAGGAAGCUUCUCCACAUGGCUGCUUGGGCUUCCUCACAGCAUGGUGGGCUCAGGCUAGUCACACUGGCUAAAAGAAUGUAGAAACUGCCAGGCCCCUGACAGGCUGGUCCAGACACUGGCACGCAUCACUUUUGUGGCAUUCUAUCCGUCGAAGCGAGUUGCAAGGCUGGCCCAGGUUAAAGCAGCCAGGAAUGAUGAAAGGGAAGGAAGGAAUCAACAUAAGUCCUUUGGCAUCCAUCUGCUGUACCUUUCAGGGCCAUCAGGAAGUGCAAUUGCCUUUCAGUCCUCAGCACUCAGUAGAUGCCAGCAAGUAUUUGGGUGAAUGAAUGGGCAGAAUGACCGGAAGGUCAGCAUCUGCCAGGUGCUGGGAAGAGUCCAUCCUUUUUUAUUUUUAUGUUGAAAUGGAAAGAGUACACAGAUCUCUGAAGGGUGACGGGAGCACCAUAUUCUAAAUCUCAGCGUCACACAAUAUACCCGUGUAACAACCUGUACAUGUUCUCCUGAGUCCAAAAUAAAAAAAGAAAGUUCUA